CAUCACUAGCACACCACGCUUUUCCACUUCCUCUCCACAUUCCACCAUUCAAUCAAUACCACCUCCAUCUCCAAUCUCCAUUAGAGCUUUUACCAUCUCCCCCACCGCAUCUUCAAAGAGAACCCAAAUUUCACCAAUUCCCAAAAUCAUGGCGUUCUCCGCGCUCUUCCUCUCCCCCCGCGUCUCCGUCCCCAAAUUCUCCCCAUCACACCUUCCGAACCCUAAACCCCACCACCUCGCCUUCUCCAUCCGCUGCUCCUCCUCCUCCUCCUCCUCCUCCGCCGCUGCCGCAUCCUUCGACCUCAGGAGCUACUGGACGGGGCUGAUCUCGGAGAUCGAGGCGGAGCUCGAGGCCGCGAUCCCCGUGCGCUACCCGGAGUGGAUCUACGAGGCGAUGCGCCACGCCGUGCUCUCGGGGGGCGCCAAGCGCGCUUCCCCGGUCAUGUGCGUCGCCGCGUGCGAGCUCCUCGGCGCGCCGCGCGCGGCGGCGUUCCCCACGGCCGCGGCGCUCGAGAUGGCCCACGCCGCGUCGCUCGUCCACGACGACCUCCCCUGCAUGGACGCCGCCCCGCUCCGCCGCGGCCGCCCCUCCACCCCCGCCCUCUUCGGCGUCAGCACCGCCGUGCUCGCCGGCGACGCCCUCUUCCCCCUCGGCUUCGCCCACGUCAUCGCCCGCACCCCGCCCGCGCUCGUCCCCCGCCCCGCCCUCCUCCGCGUCCUCGCCGAGAUCGCCCGCGCCGUGGGCUCCACGGGCAUGGCCGCGGGCCAGUUCCUCGACCUCUCCGGCGCCGCCGCGGGCGGCGAGGCGGAGGUGCUCCUCGUGCUGGAGAAGAAGUUCGGGGAGAUGGCGGAGUGCUCGGCCGUGUGCGGCGGCCUCCUCGGCGGCGCCGACGAGGACGACGCCGCGGCGCUGCGGCGCUACGGGCGAGCCGUGGGCGUGCUCUACCAGCUCGUGGACGACGUGCUCAUGGAGGACGAGGAAGGGGUCGGAUCGAACGGGCGAUCGCCGGGGAAGAUGCGGAGCAACGCGAGCGCCGUGCGAGCCCUAGGAAUCGACAGGGCAUUGGAGAUCGUCGAGGAGCUCAAGGACAAGGCGAAGAGCGAGCUCCGGCGCUUCGACGACAAGUGCGGGGAGAGAGUGCUCCCUCUUUAUAGCUUCGUGGAUUACGCAGUCCAUAGGGGUUUCCUAGUUGCAGGUGCAGGUGCAGGUGCAGGUGGAAAUGAAGUUUGAAUUUGGUGCUUCUCUUGAGAAGUAAUCUGUAAUUCUCGUAAUUAAAAUGACGAACAUUGUUCGCUUCUUCCCUUCUAGUUUUUAAACAGAUCAAUUUAUUUUGUGACGGAGAUAUUUUUGCUGGAAUUUAACUCUGCCCAAAUUAAUCCUUUCGUUGAUUAAA